UUAUCUUACAGAUGAGGUUGCCUUUUGUAGCCAAUAAAAGCAAGAACAGAGAUCCUUUGCUUUUGUUCAGUUUUGCUUACUGAACAAAGUUUAUUCAACCAGCUACGACAGAGAAGAGUUUGCAUAAACGUCUUGGUACUGUGAAAAUUUGUACCAACUGAUGACAGCUAACAUACCUUGAACUUUCUUGUUACUAAGAAAGAGCAAGACAUCCCUUCAUUCAACAGAAAAACUCAAAUAUGAAGAAGAAAAGGACUAAAGGCAACAAUACAAAGAAAAGUAACCAGCUAAAUUUGCCUGAAAAAAUUGAGGACUGGACAAAAGAACAUGUAAAACAAUGGGUGACCAAUGUACUUAAACUGGAGGAGAAACAUGGUGAUACUCUUUUUCAUCAAGAUGUGACAGGCACCACUUUGAAACUCUCAACAAAACAAGACCUUAUAGAGAUGGGGAUAACCCAUGGCCCUGCUAUUCAAAUAAUGCAUGCACUAAUAGAGUAUGAUGAUCUAGGUGAAGGCAGUAGCAAGGUUUCUGAGCAAAAACAAAAUACAGGGGCUCUCAAUACUAAAACAUCCAUGGAAGAGAAAGCUAGAGCAGGGAUGGAAGAGAAUGAGGAUGAGCAAUCAAAUGCAGUUGAUCCCCAUGAACCAACAUUGCUUUCAAGAUCUGAAUGCUCUGGAACUUCAGAUGCUGUGAUUCAAGAAACAAUGAGAAGCAUGAAGGAGAAUGGAAAUAAUCAGUCUGCAACCAGACAAACCUGUAUGCCAUAUCCUUUUGAUGAGUUUCACAACAGUCAUCGUUAUAUAGAACAUUAUGUCCUUCAUAUUCCUGAAACAGGGCCAUUGAAUCUAAUUGAUCCAGUCCAUGAAUUUAAACUCUUUACAAACACAGAAAAUUCAACAGAGGAGGAUUUGAAGAUGAAAUUCUGCAAUGAAGUUUUUAGAUUCACUGCAGCAUGUAUGAACUCUCGCACCAAUGGUACUAUUCACUUAGGAGUAUUAGACGAUCCUCACGGGGAAAUUGUUGGUGUGGAAGUCCAAAACAAGGAGAAAUAUAUUAACUACUUUGACUUAAUGAUAAAGCAAUACUUUGGAAAUAAUGUUGGUAUUGCAAAAGAUUGCAUUAGGAAACCCAGGUUUGUGGAAGUGUUACAGCAAAAUAGCAUCGCAUCAAAAACAUUUGUUAUUGAAGUAGAUGUAGUUCCAAAACAUUUGAUUUGUCAAUCUAAAUUUUUCCCUACUAAGAAAUAUGACUUUAAGAAUAAAACAUGGAUGGACUGUUUAUUUAUAAGAGAUGGUGCAGCUUCUAAAAACAUUCUCAAUUCUAAAACAGAACAGAAGUUAUUUAAGUCCAAAUUGGAAACAUCAGCAAUAUCUAGACAAGAAGCUGAGAAAUAACAUAAAGCAGGGGAAAGGAAGGGAGAUGGUGAAGGUCACAAGCUGGUCAGGCUACUCACAGGCAAUAGAGAUUUGCUAGACGACUCCUAUUAUGACUGGUAUAUUUUAGUCACAAACAAAUGCCAUCCAGAUCAAACACAGCAUGUUAAUUUCUUACAGGAAAUAAACUUAUUUGCUGUUCUAGAGUUUGAUCCCGAGUCUGUAAGUACUGGUGUGGCCAAAGCAUUCAGAGAAAACAGAGUUGCAAACCUUCAUUUUCCAAAGCAAUACCAGAAGCCUGGGAAUUCAGCUUCUGAAACAAUUGAGGAGUUAAAUCUUUAUCAACAGCCAAGUUGGAUUUUCUGCAAUGGCAGGUCAGACCUGAACAGUGAUGCAUACCAGCCCUUGAAUCCUCAAGCAUGGCAGCAACAAAGGGCUGAUGAGGUCAGGGAACUGAUUUCAUUCCUUUCCCAUCGAAACACAAUGCAAAGAGGGAAAUAUUUGGUAGUGUUUCUCUUGCUGUCCAAAGUGGAAGAUCCAGGUGAUCCCAUGAUUGAAGUGUUUUGUGCAUUUUAUCAAAAACUGAAAGGACUUGAUGACAUGUUGUGUAUUUGUACUGGAGCACAAACAUACCAACGCUGGGAAGAUCUUUUACAAGCCAGAUUCAUUAAAGCAGACACAUUAGCUGAAAGAUCCAUAUCUAACUUAACCCUGGCAAUGGUGAAUGGUACUGUCCUAAAACUAAAAUCAGUGACUCAAACAUCUCAAAGGCUUUUACCUUCAAAAGGGUUUUCUUCUACAGUUCUUUCAAAAAAAGAAGAAGACUUCAUGACUGCAUUGGAAAUUCUUUGUGAAAAUGAAUGCAAAGAUACUGAAAUUGAGAAAGAUAAAGCUCGGUUCUCUGAAUUUAAAAAAUCCCAGGAAGAACAUUUUUAUCGUGGUGGGAAAGUAUCUUGGUGGAAUUUUUAUUUCUCCUCUGAAAACUAUUGCUUGCCUUUUAUUAAACGAGAUGCAUAUGAAAAGCUUGAAAAUCUAGUUGAGUCAGGGUCUCAGCACCCAAAACAAUCCCCCACAAAAAUGAUCAACCUUUACCAUCAUCCAGGCUGUGGUGGCACUACUUUAGCCAUGCAUAUUCUCUGGGAAUUGAGGAAGAAAUAUAGAUGUGCUGUUCUGAAAAACAAAACUAUUGAUUUUGCAGAAAUAGGAAUGCAAUUGACCAUGUUAAUUACACACGGGGCAUCAAACAAGUUUGACUAUUUGCCAGUAUUGCUACUCGUGGAUGACUUUGAAGAGCAAGAAAAUGUUUACUUGCUCCAGCAUGCAAUUCAAUCUGCUAUAGCUGAAAAGGGCAUUAUAUAUGAAAGUCCACUGGUCAUCAUCUUAAAUUGUAUGAGAUCCCAGAAUCCUGGAGAAAGGUCAAAGAGCAACAGCCUGAACAGUAUUGCUCUGCAUCAAAAACUAUCAAUGAAAGAACAGAGGGCUUUUGAGGAAAAGCUGAAAGAAAUUGAAAAACAAUAUAACCAUCCUGAAGAUUUCUAUUCAUUUAUGAUUAUGAAAAAAAAUUUUGAUCAGCUGUACAUAGAGAAUGUAGUCAAGAACACACUAAAAGGUUUUGAUGUUGCAAGCAAGCAAACUCAACUCAUUUCCUUUCUGGCACUUUUAAAUUCUUAUGUUACAGAGUCAACAAUCUCAGUAUCACAAUGUGAGGAAUUUUUAGGAAUAAGCACUAAAAAGGUUUUCUGGGAAAGAGAAAGCUUAGAUGACAAGAUGGGAAAUUGUUCCAACAUCAUAAUACAAACAGAAGUGCAGGAACGUGGACGGUACAAAGGGGUGCGGAUCAGUCAUUUACUGAUUGCUCAACAGUGUCUAGAAGAAUUUAAACAAACAUACAAGUUUGCUAAAAGUGAGAUUACACUUUUGUUGUUAAGACAGAAUUUAUUUUAUGACAUUGGCAUAGGGAGAGACAAACUCCAACAAGAUGUACAAAGCAUGCUACUUACAAGGCAUCGAAGGGAACAUGGAGAUGACACAGACACUUUGUUUUCCCCAUUAAUUGAGGCAAUUCAAAAAGAAGAAGGGAGCAAUGAAGUUGAAAAGGUACUAACUGAGGGGACUUAUAGAUUCAACCAAAAUGUAUUUAUUAGCCAAGCCUUAGCAAGACAUUUCUAUAUCAAGGAAAAGCAUUUUGAUCAUGCGCUAGAGUGGGCUAGAAAAGCUAAAAAAGGUGCCCCUAAUAACUCAUAUAUAUCAGACACUUUGGGCCAAGUUUAUAAAAGCGAGAUAAAAUAUUGGUUAGAAGAAAACUCAGCAAUAUCUAUCAUACCUGUAGAUGACCUGAAACAUUUAUUGAGUCUUGCAAAGUACGCCUCAGAAGCUUUUAAAGAAUCCCAACAACAAACUGAAAAUAAAGACAGUGAAAGAGAAUGUUUUCAGAGUAUAAUAUACAAACGAAGAUAUGAAAUAUAUAAUACAUCUGGUUACCUAGGAGAAAUAGAAACUGGUCUAUAUACUAUAGAAAUUAUUAAAUGUACUCCUUUGUUCAACAAAAAAGAUGAACUCUCUAGAAAACAUAUCUUACAGUUCUUGUCAGGAAAUUGGGGUAUCCCAAAAGCCACAAAUGAUACAGCCUGUGAAGAAUACAGGUUGGCACUUGAGGAUUAUGCUAGUUACUUAAGUGAUUUGCAAGCAAGUUUAAAAAAAGCAUUUGACUUUUUUGAUAACUAUUUUGUCCUUCUGAAGACAAAGAACCCCGAAAAAGAAACUGUGGAGCUCAAAAUACGAAGGAAGGUUCAAGAAUUUUUCAAAACGUAUGCAGAAAUAUUUUGCCACACUGAUUUUGAGUGGCUAAUGAACUCAAAACUGAGUUCAUCUUUGCAAAUGGAAAAUGACAGGAAGAGUUUAGAAGCUUCCAAAGCAGACAAGUUUUCUGGACUUUUAGAACAUCUCAGCAAUCAUGAAAAUUCUAUAAGCAAAAUGGACGACAUAGUGAAGAAGUAUACAGGUUUGCUUACUCAGAGCGCUACCAAAUCUCUGCAAAAGGACAAACUGAAUUUUAUCUUGGCCAACAUUGUCCUCCAUUGUCUAAAUCCAGAAUCUAAGACAGUGCACUCUUUUCUCAAACUGAAAGAACAACUCAGAACAAUUCUACAGUCAAUAGGUCUAGAGUAUCGUUUUUCCGAACCAUACUUCUUAGCAACAUUAUUGUUCUGGCCUGAAAACCAAAAGCAGCUAGAUAAAGAUUCUAAACAAAUGGAAAAAUAUAUUGGUUCACUGAAGAAAGCAUUUAAUGGGCAGUACUGGCAAAUGUGCCGUUCCAAGCAACCUAUAGCACUGUUCUACCUUGGGAAAGGCAGCAAUCUGAACAAAUUCAUUCACAAAGGAAAAAUUGAUCAGUCUGUUGCCAGUAUGAGGACCAGGAUGAGUGAUCAACUGAAUGCCCUGUGGCAGAGUGGAGAGAUAUGGAAAACAGAUCAAGCCAAAAAGCUUUUGCGUCGGUUGACUGGCAAGGCUGAAGAUAAUAUUGUCUAUGUGGAUUACGGUAUUGAUGAAGACAUCAGAAUACCAGCACGACCCGUUUUCUUAGGCCAGCUAAAGAGUGGCCGGAGCAUAGAGCGAGUGUCUUUUUAUUUGGGGUUUUCCAUUGGAGGCCCAAUAGCCUAUGACAUAGAAAUAAUGAAUUAGAUUAUAUUCCCAAUCAAUUAGAAAUAGUUUAACAGUUUUUGAAAGUGUUAAAAUUGUUAUGUAAAUGUAACACGACAACUCCUUUGUCUGUAGUUGCAAAAGACACAUGACAUUUCCCCAUAUCACUAUAGUAGUUGCUCAUGCUGCCUGCUCUUGAUAUUCUCAUCUUCCAGGAAUUAGUCUAAUUAUCAUUUCACGAUUACACCAAAACCAUUGGAUAACUCAACCUGUUGCAUUACAUGCUGCAAGGCAACUUUUUGUUAAUCACUUCUUGACAUUCAUGGAUCCCAUUGCAAAGGGUGCUUUUGCACAUCAUGAGCCCUGCUGAGCUGGACACAAGAGGCUUCUAGAUCCAAUGCUCUUUAUCCCUUGUACCUGAUCUUGGGAACAUGGUCUCAGUUUUUAAACUUUUGAAUUUUAAUGUGUUUUUAUCUAUUAUUUUUAUCUUUUUAUGAAUUUUAAUGUUUUAUAUUAUAUUUUAUGUUUAAUUCUGUAUACCGCCUUAAAAUUUUUAUACUAGCUGGUAUAUAAAUUAAAUAAAUAAAUAAAUUUUAUCUCUUUUGUUUUUAAUUUUAAA